AUGGCUGCCAACUCCAAGGACCCCAACAUCCAACUCUUGGUCUUCAACGGGAACAAGAAAGGAAUCCGCGUGUGGACCCAGAAGUUCGUACAGCACCUCAAGGCACUGACCACUGCGAAGGUUGGCCUAUGCAAGGUCCUCCCUGACGCCUUUACCCAGCAAUUCAAGGACCCCUGUGGUGAAGACCAGUCUGUGCACCUACUCUGGGCCGCCGUCGAGAAGCGUUAUGGGGAGUCGAACGCCAACACGGUUAAGACCUUGGUCGGCCAUUUGAUCUCGACAGCGAAUAACGAUUUUCCUAACAUGGAAGUCUUAUUUUGCGACCUCAAGUCUGCCCGAAACACUAUCAACGUCCACACUCAGAAGUACUUGGGUAGAGAUAUGAUCAGUGAGGAUCUGAUUGUGGCAUUGGUUUUGGGUGUUUUGCCGAAUGAGUACUUUGGUGCUCAAAUCUCAUUGGAUGAGAAGGGGUUUAACCUCGUCGACGUGAAGGCAAAACUCAUUGGGAUUUUUGGGACAAAGUCCAAGAAGGUCGUUAUGGGCAUGGGUAGCCAAUCAAACAACAUCUACCAUGGGUAUGGCCAAUCCAAGGGUAACCAUGCUGUGAAUUUUGUCCAAUCGGGGGACAAGAAGCGCAAGCACGGUAAUGGUCCCACUGUGGGAAACGACGUUUCGGUUCGCGGGCAGUGCUUCUACUGUAUUGGCCAGUGCUUCUACUGUAUUGGCCAGUACAAUGUCGGUGGCCAGCCUCACGUGAAGUCGGAAUGCCCUAAACGAAAGGAGGAUUUUGAGCGUAAGGAGUUUAGGUCUAACAUCACCCAAAAGCCCAAUUCAAAGAGGCCUAAGGUGGGUGGUACUAAAAUCCCUUGUGGUAUUGUGGAGUAUGGUACCGGCCAACCUACACCUGCCCUAAAUGGCCCAAAUGAGGAUCAUUGGGUGCAAGAGUACGUUGUUGAAGAUCGCAAUGAUUUUCUUGAUCUUGGUUCUGCUGGCGACAUUGCCGUGAACAACAUUCUCACUGUGGAUGGAAUGUCCAGUUCCAUGAAGCAGCUCAGCGUCCAAUUGGAUCAAAAGUGGUUGCGGUCACCACCUAACCGGCAGUGUAGCCUGGUUUAA